AUGUGCCCUGAGCUCCUUGCCGGCAUACCCUAUGGCUAUAAAUCUGAUAGAUGGUCGCUUGGAUACUGUAUGUUUGACAUUGCUGCACAUCGACCCCCGUUUAAAGCUUCUGACAAAACUGGACUUAUCAACAAAAUAAACCGGGGUUUGUUCUCACCACUUCCAAUUGUAUACUCCUCCACCUUGAAACAGAUAAUAAAAAGCAUGCUAAAGAAAACUCCAGAACACCGACCUACAGCUGCCAAGCUGUUGAGACAUCAACAUUUGCAACCAUACCUCUUGUGUCACAACCCUUCAUCUGCGUUUUUACAUGUGAACUCCCCAAGCAGAACGAAAGAGAAAACACAACCAUCACCUGGAAAAUCUAUCAGUCCGAGAGGUAGCAGAGAUAGACAGUUGAAGCUAAAAGAGAGGAGAAUUGUCCUUUACUUUGACGAAAGUGAUAACCUUCAUCCAAGAAACUUAUCUGACAAUUAUAACACGUUCCGAGCCAAACUUGACACUAAGAGAGUCGAUCCAACAAGCUACUCGGUUAGGAUCUCUCAAGAUAGUGAGGAUUCUAAAAGUGGGGAGAUGGGUGAGGCAGCUGUUUGCAAUGGAUAUGAUCAAGAGAAGACUAUCUCACAAACAGAAACAUGGUCAAGUUCAAGGGCAAAAACAUGGUCCGAGGAACAAGAGCAUGUUUCUCCGGAGCAUUCGACAAAACCAGAUCCAAAGGCAGCACCAGGGUGCUGUGUUGCUGAAACUGAAAAUGGUAGCGAGUGUAGAGAAGUUGCUAUUGACUUCUUGUCAACUGAAAGGGAUGGUUCACUUCUACACAAAGACGAGCUAGAAAAGAAAGCAACCGCGGUUUAUGACACCAAAAAGGUUAAGAAAGACGCUCUUCGAGCACUGGAUGAUAAGGUUUCGCAGCUCAAGUCACUAGCUGCAUUAGCAAGUAAGGAGGACAAAGACGACUGGGGUAAUCCCACUGAACAAAGAGCUGAAGCUUUAGAGUCUCUUUUGGAUGUUUGUGUGCGACUACUUAAGAAGGAAAAAAUCGAUGAGCUUGCUGGUGUGCUGCAACCAUUUGGGGAUGAUGGAAUGUCAUCUUGA